UAAGUCCUUCAUCAUUUACCAUUCAUUGUAGUAUUUUUCAGUUUGUUUAUUUUGUUCAUCAUUCAAGACAAGCCGUUAAAGAAGUUUAAUUUCUGUAGUAACUAAUGCCCUAAAAACACUGAAGACUGCUUAUUUCUUUAAAAAGACAACUCAUCUUACCACUACAAAAUUCUUUAAGGAGUCCAAAACUAAAAUUUCAGGCAAGUGAGACUGCUUCAAGUAAAUCAACUCCAAGCUUCCAAGAAAGCACUAAGCGAAGCAAGAGACGAGCAGAAACACCGCCUCACUGCCACACACGCAGCUGCCAUGGACCUCCAGAAGCAGUGGGAGAGCACAGCGGCUGACUGGCACAAGGAAAAGAUGGAGCUGCUGGACCAGUUUGAUAGCGAGAGGAAGGAGUGGGAAAGUCAAUGGAAGAUUAUGCAGAAGAAGAUAGAACAGCUUUGCCAAGAAGUAAAGCUUCGGAGGAAAAGCCACUUGAACGAACGAACUAAGCCCAUUGAUCUGGAUUGUGAGAAGGUCCUUCAAGACAAAGUGGUAGACUUGUUUCCAAACGAACUUGAAUUUAUAGGGAUGAACCACAAACUUGGUCUGGAAAGAAAAAAUAAACCAGAACAGAGCUUCCUCACUGGAGGAGAAUACAUGUAUAAGGAACAAAAAGCAAGAAAAAUGUCAGAAGUAGGGAUUACAGCUUCAGACAAGCAAAAGGAAGGUGAAGCCUGCCCUGCCCUGAGGACCUCUGAGGAGGAGGGCACGAGCUGCUCCGGCGCCCUCAGCACAGCCCUUGAAGAGCUUGCCAAAGUGAGUGAAGAAUUGUGCAGCUUUCAAGAAGAAAUCCAAAAACGGGGUCACCACAGAAGGAUGAAGUCUGAUUCUUCUCUCCAGAUCAUGCCAAAUGUAAUUAGUAAGCCUCCUGGGGACCAGAUCCUUAGCAAUGGCAUUCCUCCAGUAGAUGUAGGAAAAGAUAAGCAGAAAAAUAGAAAGAAGCUGAACUAUACAGAUUUGCUCCAGGGCAAUUCUAGGGGGAAAUGCGGACAUGGCACAACUGAUUUGCAAAGAAAUGCAAUUCCACCUGUCCCUCCUCCAAGAAGCACCUCUAGAAACCUGCAGCCGAUCCCCUGUGCUGAAGCAAGAGGAGCCCAGGCAGCGUUCUUGGGAAGUUCCGACCGCAGUUGGGUUGACCAAGAGGAUCAAAGCGAGGAGAACUGCAAUCCGCAUUUCCUUCUGAGGGAAGGAGAGACUGUGAAAGAUGGCCUCAUAUUUUCUUCUUUUGCACAAGAAGCCAAAAUAGAUAGUACGCCUCUGUGUAAUGAAGAUACUGGACUUCACAUGUGGUCAAGCAGCAUUGGAGUUGGUGUAAAAAAUAGCCCUUCCUCAUUAUGGUUACAGAAAACCUGCUCUACUCCCAGUAAGCCAGGAUCUGAGAAGGUGAUCCCAAAUCAUCCUGCCAAAUCUCACCCCAAUCUUUAUGUGAGCUAUGACUGUAACUCUCCCGUGAGACAAAGCAGUAGCCCACUGACUAGUUUCAGAUGCAGCUUUGAAAGGACCACAAGGAAUGAAAAGUUAGCAGCAAAAACUGAUGAAUUUAACAGAACUGUAUUUAGAACAGAUAGAAGUUGUCAUGCAGUACCGCAAAAUCAAAGCUACUCAAAAUCAUCUGAAGAUCCUAAGCUCUGUGACACCUUAAUGGCUCAUGCAGAGAACAUACCAGAAAAUGACCAUGUGUCUGGUAUUCUGAAAACCAGUGUCCACAUGCCUGUGCCCACAGAAAAUGUGCCUGACGAUCUAACCAAAAUAGUCUCAGCGGGUCAAGUCAGACAAAUGCAGGAAUACCUAAAUCCAAGCAGUUAUCGAAGUAGGCUCCAUGAACAUGACUGGAGACCAAGUAAUUUGUCUGGCCGUCCAAGGUCAGCUGAUCCUAGGUCAAAUUAUGGUGUGGUGGAAAAGCUGUUGAAAACCUAUGAGACAUCAGCAGGGUUGCCUGUGGAGAAUUCUAAAUGCUCCCAGGAGAGUUGGACUAAAUGUAUCCAUAAUGUCAGUGGUGGGACUACAUUAAACCAGCAUUUAGAAAUGAGCCAAAUGGAACAAGACCUGGGAAGUCCAGUUCUUCAUGGGAGUCAGCAAGUGAAGAAAGGAAUUGAUCGGAAAAAGAUGAUGGAGGAACCCACAGCAGUGAAAUGUUCUCAUGGAAAAGGGUUUUCCAGACCUGCUAGGCCAGCAAAUCGCCGUCUCCCAUCCAGAUGGGCAUCCAGAUCUCCAUCUGCACCCCCAGCUCUGCGGAGAACUGUCCACAACGAUACCAUUUCUCUGAGGUCCGAAGCAUCACUGGUCUAAGUCUGGUCUGGAUUGUUCUGUUACAAAAGCUCUAGUCCCAACUGCCAAUCAGAGCAUCCGAGUGUUUCCGGCUGGUCCUAUGGUAUCUUUCAAGAUCACUAGGACAUGCAAUUUAAAUCCCAACUUUCCAUCAGUCUUCAGUGUUUUUAAUCUUUGGAGUAAUUACCUUCCUGUAUUUUGAUUUGUUAGAUUUGUUUAAUGCCAUUCUCAUUAAUUUUCAAAUAUGAUUUAAGUUUAAACAGUGUACAAUAUUGUAUAUUCUAACUUUCUUGCAAGUGACAGAAAGCAAGUGGUAACGUGCAUGGUCGUAUGUUCAUAGGUGCAUGUGUCAAAAUUGAGAGUAUCCCAGUAUGUAUUUAGAUGAGAAAAAUUUAUGUGCUAGUGUUGACUUUGAAAUAAUAACAUGUAUACCUAUAUAUUCUUUGUGUUUAUUUUAUAUUUUUGAAAAUAUACAAUAUACAAUACCAUUUAUAUUUUGUAUGCCUCAGGUAUUCCUCUAAAGAGGUAUUUGAGGUACAUACAUUAACCAUUGUCCCAAUCCCAAACUACAUUGAAAAGUAAGAACUAUACACCUCUAAUAUUGAUGGACUUUUUAAUAGGACUUCUAAAUACCUUCUUAAUCCAUAUAAGGAGAAACUUGUACCAUUGAUCACCUUUGCUUUUGCUUUUAAAGAAAAAUGUCACAAUUUUAAAAAAAAUCAUUUUAUUGGGGGCUUGUACAGCUCUUACCACAAUCCGUACAUGCAUCCAUUGUGUCAAGUACAUUUGUACAUAUAUGGUCAUCAUCAUUUACAAAGUGAAAUGUCACAAUUUUAACAGUUCAGCUUUCUGAAACAAGCAUAAAAUGUUCACAAAUGCUUUCAUAUUUCAUUGGUAAUAGAUUGUGACUUGAACUUCAUACUUGUUUUCAGAGCCAGUAUUUAUGAGACCACCUUAUAAAUGACAUUCAUAAAUAAUAACGUUAUUUUUCUUCAGGAGCAAACAUUCCUCAAAUAGGAUAUAAAAAAAAUUUAAUUACAUUGAAUUCCAAUUUUGCUAAAAAUGUGGUAAGCCUUUAGUUGCUGUGUACAGAUUUAGAGAUAAGGUGGUCACAUUUUCUUCUUUCUUUUUUCCUAAAAUUAUUAAAGGAGUAAGUCACAUUUAUAUUAGUAAGAGAAAUCAGGAGUAGGACUUUGUUGAGAACUGAAUUGUAGUAUCUUCCUUAUGCUGUGCUGUAUUAAAAAAAGCCUUAAACUUAAGUUUAAGUAGUAGAAGACAGAAUAUUGUAUGUAGAGAAAAUUUGCAUAACACAUAAAAUCUCUAUUGAGAAUUGACAGAAAUAGGAAUGCUGAGGUGCCUAAAAUUCCUACAUGGAAUAUCUUGGAAGCUACUUUGCUCUCCACUGUUUCUGUAUAAUACCAACUGUGUUAUUAGUUAGAUACUAAUUCUAUUUAAGCAUUUGUUACCAAAAAAGGCCAAGAAAUCCAUAUUCCAAAAGUAUUCAAGGAGCCUUUUCAUUGUGAUGUAUUGUCACCACUUAGAGAAAGUCGCUUUUAUCGUACACCAUGACUCGAAGUGAAGUAAAUAAUGUUCAAAACUCAAACUGCCUUCAGGGCUCAAGACUGUUGCACAGUGAUGGAUCGAGCAACACUUCCAAAUGUUGAAUUAGACUCGCAGAAGCUGAAUUUGGAUUGAACAGUAAGCAAGGGCUAUCAAUCCACUAUUUUACCAAGUGAUACCAUACUCAUAAUACACUAUUCAUUCGGAGGGGAGGAAACACUGGAGACGCAGUAGCCUAGUGAGUUAGAUGACGGACCUUUGUGAAGGAAGAUGCUGUGUACAGCAUUGAAAGUCUGCCCAGGAACCCUAGCCCCGUGCGACAUCGCUGUUCAUCGCCGUCCCUGUAUCACCUGAGUCUAACUAUAAAGCAGAAUAUUGGGAAUUUCUUUAAAACUGAGUUCCUUGACUUUGCUCUCUAAUUACUAAAGCACAGUUUCUAGCAUUGGAGACUGGGAAUUCGGAGUCUUUCAUAAAAGAAAACAAAGCAAAAUGUGUGAUGACCAGGCAGCUUGAGAGAACCGGUGACAUUGUUUGACAGCACACCCCUAAGUGGUGACCUUCCUGGGGUUUCCUGAGUCCCACCUUUACUCUCAGUAAAGUAAGAGGGUCACAUUGACGGUCUUUGCCAUGACAAGUCUUUCUCUAUUCCACUUCCACUUGAUUGGAAAAUGCCCCAACAUUUUACGUUUGCUACAGUCAUGAAAUAUUAGAACUGGGGAAGGGAAAGAAAAAAAGCUUAGCAUCUCAUCCAAUCCUCUUUAAUGUAAGGAGAAAAAUACAAAAACAGGAAUCAUUAGCCUUGAGAAAAAUGUUGAUGUAUACAUUUUAACUGGUCUUUUUUUUUUACUUUGGAUGAUCGCUAUGAUCACCAAUGACACAUUCUUCAUUAUGCGCCAUCAUUACUGGAUUAAAGGUAUUUGUAAUUA